AUGACAAGAAGUGCUCAGGACGACUUAAAACUCCACAAUGAGUUAUCAAGGGAUAAAACGACUACACAGUCAUCAUUCCAUCUAUGUGUCUCUCCAUGUGGUCCUGACAAGGCCGUAGAUGGCGACAGAAAAACAUGCAUGAAAACAUAUGAUAUAGGUCCGACAUCUCCAGAAAAAACUGUAUGGUGGUUAGUAGAUCUCGGAGCCAAUCACAGUAUUUACAGCAUAAGUAUAUAUUUUAAAGACUACAAACAUAGAGACUACGAGAUGAGACAAAGAGGUCGUUUUGCAGGAUUCUCCCUUUAUAUAUCCAACACUCCCAAGAAAGAGGACGGUCUACUUUGUUACAAGAACACACUUCCCUUACCUCCCUUGGAGUUCAGUACAACAUGUAUUGGAUACGGUCGUUAUGUAAUCUAUUACAAUGAAAGACUGGACGGAGUUAAAUACCCCGAGGAAUACCAAAUUCAGAGCUGGACCGAAUUAUGUGAAGUGAAAAUUGAAGGUAUUUGA